GCGAGGUUCGGUGAGUCGGUUCUCCGCGCGCUGCGGAGUCGGUGGUGUUGGGGAAUGAUGGCGGUGGGUCGCGGAUCUCCCCCGGGAUUUACUCCGGUACCGGCGGCGCUGCGGACCGGCCUGCUGCUGCUCGCGCUUUCUGGUGUGUGCAGUAAUGAAGUUCUGGUUCCGGACCGGGUCAGCGCAGUACUAGGGAAGAAUGUCACGCUAAGCUGCAGGGUGGAGGUGGGCACCAACCUCAGCCUCACCCAGAGCUCAUGGGAGCGACAGUCACCCACGGGAACCACCACCCUGGCCGUGUUUAACCCUCAGUUCGGCACCUCUGUGGUGGAGGCGUAUGAGAACCGAGUGCAGUUCGUCAGGCCGUCCGCGGAGGAUGCCUCCAUUGUCCUGCAGGGGGUCAGCUUCGCAGAUAUUGGGUCCUACACCUGUAAGGUGGCCACGUUUCCUCUGGGCAACUCGCAGGCCUCCACAGUGCUGGACGUGAUGGUGGAGCCGAAGGUGUACGUGUCGGCCGGUUCUGGUCCGUUGGUGGACGGUGACGUGGACAGUGUGGUGGCGACCUGCACGGCAGAGCGGGCCCGGCCACCCGCUGAGGUGUUCUGGGAGUCGGACCUGUUUGGCCGCUCGGAGAAGAUCGACCAAGACGAGCCCAACGGCACCACCACUACGCAGGUGCGCUACAUCUGGGCACCAACCAGCCACGCCUUCGGCCUCACCCUGACCUGCGUGGUGCGUCACCCGGCACUGGACAUGGAGUUCCGCAUUCCAUAUGUGCUGGACGUGCAGUUUGCUCCGGAUGUGAUGGUGGUGGGUCAAGAUGAGGUUUGGUAUGUGGGGCAGGAGAACGUCAGGCUGGACUGCAGAGCAAACGCCAACCCGUACCCCCAUCUCUUCCUCUGGACCAGGGUGGACACGCUGAUGCCCGCUGGCGUGGAGGCGGCUAACGGUAGUCUGGUCUUCACUCGUCCUUUACGGAGGAACGACUCUGGAACGUACAGAUGUGAGGUUCAGAACGACGUGGGUCUGCGCUCUCAGGAUGUACACAUCUGGAUCCGAGAGCCGCCUCCCACCACGGCCACACCCACCUCCGCCACCACCAGCGCUGCGGUCGCCCUUGGAUCCUCCGGGACAUCGCCAACUCAGAGGCACGCCCAGUUCACCUCUCCGACACUGGCGUCGCUGGCGGACGGCUCUGUCGGCACCAUUGUGGGCGGGGCAGUGGGUGGCGUCCUGCUCCUUGCGAUGCUCCUGGGCUUGGGGGUUCUGUGUUACCUGCGGCAGCGGCGCACCUUCCGUGGGGACUACUACACCAAGCAGUACCUGGGCCCGUCUGACAUGCAGAAGGAGUCGCAGCUGGAUGUGAUCCAGCCCCACGAGCUGAUGGACGUGUACGGCGGCGACUCGGGUAAGGGCAGCCAGGACCUGAAGCCCAAACCCGACGGGGACUUCAUCUACCCAGACUACACCAAAGACGAGGGCAGCUGGGGCGACAGCCUCCGGAGGGGCUGCACUUACUAUUCCGACUCACAGAGCAACCGUGGCGUCAACCCCAGCGGACCGCCCGUCUCUGGCCCUACGCUCAACAAUGGCGCCCCCUUCCUGCAGGACGGCUGCUACGAUAACGGCACAGACUGCGAGUACGUCGCUCACACGGACGGAUCCGUGAUCUCUCGCCGGGAGUGGUACGUGUGAGGAUUACGGUACGAGUGGAGGUGCGACGCUGGAAGACAAUAAUAUAAUAAAGAUAGAGAACUCUAAACGUUACCAAACGUAUUAAGGAAUAUUGUAUAUCAUGCAAAUGAAAGAAAGGCUGUAUUAUCAUUAUUAUUAUUAUUAUUAUUAUAAUUAUUAUUAUUAUAAUUUCCCAGCUGGACGGCGCCUGUCUCCGGCUGCUCGGUACUCUGCUGAGGUGAUACCGUGUUAUUUUGCAUCUGUAAUGUGAAGGCAGAGGCUGGCGUGGGUUAUGAUGACAGGGUAGCCCAGAGCAACAAAAACAACAAGCCUGCUAAAAUUACGCCGUGAAUUACUCAGAUCCCAGCCAGACACCGCACCGCACGUGACUUCCCAGUUUCAAACUGGGUGGAAGAUACUUACAGCCGCUUCCCUGCAGUUUCCCUGCAUCCCUUUCCAGCGAAACUGUAAUCUAAGCAGAUCAAACAAUCUUCAUAAGUUCGUUAGUUUAAAUAUCUGACAUUUCUCAUUUUUGCAUUGUUUUCCUUUGUUUUCAGAAUUUUAUACCAAUAUUUGCCUUAUUUCAAAAUUAUUUUUUCCUUGUUUUAAGUCAUUUAUUCUACUUAAACGUUUCUUAUUUCACUGGCAGAUAUAUUUGAUGGUUUUAAGCAUUUCCUGAUUUAAACAAAAUUAUCUGUCAAUACAAUAAGAGACUUUCAGUAGAUAAAGUAGCCCUGUUUCAAUGUUGGUUUGAAGUUUUGUAAGAAAGCUGAGCUGCCAUAACGUCACAGUGGAGAUGUAUCCAGCGUGUAUUAUUGCACAGUCUCGUCUGCUCCAUUGUUUCAGCACAGCUUAAUACUGCGACUCUCUGUGGGAGUUACUGAACUCUGUCCGGGAGAGGAAUUGACCCGAGGGCUGGAGAACUCGACUCCACCAGACUGAAGAAUGAAACACUCCUUCUGAUUCCUGCUCAUUCAGUUUUUUGUUUGUUUGUCUAUUUAUUCACAAGUACACAAUUAUACAACAUUAACACUCACAACUUCUGGAAGCUAGAAGUCUUUGGUUAGCAAAAUGUUUUCUGAAUGUUACAACUGAUGUUCUUAGAAUGUUUUUAUUCAAUGUUUUUAUAUGUUCUGGUAACAUUGCUGCAAUGUCACUGCAACAUUACAAUGUUAUAAUGUUUAGUUUUGGAAAUGUUAUUUUGAAUGUUUCCUUGAUGUUAGCAUUUAUCUAGCUGGGAACAUUAUGUGAGAAAAGUUCUAAUAAUGUUGUGAUGCAAACCAUUAUUAUGUCACACUUUUGUGAGAAAGUUCCUGAAACAUUAAUUUAUAUUCUUUACAGGCUAAACUUUCUGAAACCUUUUUUAAAACGUUGCUUAACAUAGUUUUUUUUUUUACCACUUACAGUAAAAUUGUAGCUUCCAAAAAUCUUGUAGGUAAUAAACUCUCAUAACAGUUUUAUCACUGAUCUUUAAUAUUAAUUUGCAAGUUGAAUAAAUUAAAUAUCCUAAAAGCAUAUUUGUGUUGCUUUUCAAAAUAAAAGCAAAAUUACAAUUAUUAAUAAUAUUCAUUAAGCUCUUAAUGUUUAUAACAUGCCUUGUAAUUCGAUCAUGUUAUUAUAAAGGCCAGCAUAUCAAACAGACCAGGAUGGGCAGCAGAAGGUUCACUGGAGGUUGUGGUUUUCAGAACUCGUUACUCGUUUAUUCCGAUUUCUUUUCCUUCAUCAUCCUUCCAUCCCCCUCUCCAUUCACUGCGCUUCCCACAAUACACCACUUCAUACGCCAUACAUCUGCUGCAUGUGCUGCCCAGGCCUCGCCUCAAACAUCCAGCUUUAUAAUUUAACCCCCCUCCCACCCAAACACCACCAGCCCCACCAACCACACCCCCUAUAAACUACCGCUUUAACCCAGCUGUACCGCGGCCCCGCCCCCGGCUCUGUUUUCUUAUCCAGAGAUAAAUAUAGCGGGACGUCUGUCCCGAAGGACGAGCGGUGAGGCCCUCUGCUGAUUUACAUGUGCAGCUGUGCCCUGACUUUUAUUUUGUAAAAAUGCUUCAGCCAGCAUUCCUAUUGUCUUUUUUAAAAGGCUGGAUGAGAUAAACAUGAUCACAUCUCUAUCUCAUUCCAGACACUUUUCAUAUCUCACCGUCUUACUGCAGGAGAUGCUAGGCUAACGCUGCUAACGAACACUGGACUUGGAAAUCAGUAAUACAUAUAAAAUCUUCAUUUUAUUUGAUUCAAAAAUCUCUUUAUACAUAUUUAUUACUUUAUAGUUGGAGAUAUCAUAGCAUAAUGCCCUGCUCUACAGAAGUAUUAAAAGUAAUGGAGUAUCACGCUUUACUGAGAUAAUCUUCUGGUCUACUUCUGUGUUUAUUUCUGUAGACUAUAGUAAGUGUUCUGACACUAACAUAAAAUAUUCAUUUAUUUGAUUAAAACACCUACAAAAAUCUACACAGACGAAUUACACACAGUUUAAGCUGCAGUUUAAGCUGUCCUGAUAUGAUGAAUGUAAUGCCCAGCCUGUUGUUUGAAUUUGGCUGUACUGAGGUAAAAAAAAAAAAGGCUAAUCUGCUCUUAUCUGCCUGUCUUUGUUUUUAUAGACUAAAGUAAUCAAACAGUGUUUUAAUGUCAGUUUGUCUUAAUGGAAAUCCAGUAUAAGUUAGCAAUGUUAGCCUAGCAUAAUUCAGAUAUUAUAUCUGCAGCCACGUUUCCUGACUUUUAAUUUGUACAAGCUCCACACUGAAUUUAUUUAGUCUUUUUAAGAAAGUUUGACUUUUUAUGGAAGUCAAAUAACUAUCAUUUAUCUUAAACCCACAUGCAGUGGAUUCAAAAUACAACAUGCUUUCUACAGUGGGAGAUGCUAGGCUAACGCUGCUACAAAAAACCCUACAGUCUGACUUCAGUCAUACAUGGUAAUAUCUUAUUUUUUGUACAAUAUUCCAGAAACCAGAUAAACCAUUUGGUAUUUUGAAAAAUUAAGCUACAGAUUAACAGCAUAGCUUAAAAUCCUGCUUUGUUUUUAUAGUGUUUCUAUUAGUUUUUUUUAAACUGGAGUGAAACUGGAGUAUUAUAGCUCACAUAUACCAAGUGUCUGAUCGUACCUUCAGCUUUAUCUCUGCACUUAUUCAUGUAGACUAUUUGUAUCUCAAUUCGUUAGUCUCGCAGAAUUUAGAAAUCAGUUUAUAAUCAUUAAUAUUUAACCCCAGAUAUAGUGAAUCAGACCGGGCACACAGAAAAAAACACUAGGCAGUUUGAUCUCAGUAUUACUUAAUACUAUGCAAAUUAUUUGCUUAAAAUUUAUUAAAAUCCUAAAUAAAUAAAUAAACACUUUUUUAAAACACUUUGGUUUGUCUCUGGGAAUCCAGCAUUUGUUAGCAUUGUUAGCUUGGCAGCAUUCAGAUACUGAACAUAUCAAAUCUAAUCAGUGAUAAACUUUGUUCUUUUUACGUUUGUACAAAUUAGAAACAGGGAAAUGUUCUUAGUUCAUUUCAUUGAAAUGUUUUUACUUAAUUUAAUCUGUUAUUUAUGUAUGUAUAUCUUUUCUCAUUCUGGAGCGUAAAGGUAUUUUUCUGAAUUAGUGCCUUGAUUAGCGCGAGUCGUUGUAUAUUUUUAUUGUUGUAUUUUGCUGAAUUCUCACUGGAUAUUUGUACAGUAGUACUGUGCACUAUAAAAUCAGCAGCCAGUCAUAGUAAAUAUUUUUGCUUGUAAAUAUGUUGACAAGAUUUAUUUGGCUUUGGAAUAAAUCAUAUUUUUCUAUGAAAUCAUAAGAACAUGCUCAGAGGAUGUAAACAGCUGUUCUCAUGUUGGUUUGUUUUUGUUUGUUUUUAGCUCUGGACAGUUCUGCUAUUUCUGAUUAUUUUGUACAUAAUAGGGUUAUGUUAACAACUGAUGUCUCACAAAUCAUUUCACUUUGAUUUAAAUUGAGUUCUGUUUCUAAUAAACAAAUAUGUAUUCUUCCAACA